AUGCACAGCACAAUUCUUACAGGCCUCGCCCUCCUGACCGCGGUUUUCGCUCGUCCACAAGGUGACUGGUCCUCCUCGUCGGCGGAAGUACCUGCACAUGGAGACGACAGUGAUACCUAUGAUCGGCACUAUGGUCAAGGCAUGAACAACAAGUGCCUGAACGACGACGAUGUGCAGACUCUUGUCGAUGGCUACACGUACCUGCUGGAAUACCCAGGUGGUCCGGAUUUCAACAAGACUGCCGACUCCAUCCUUUCGGACAAGUUCGUCGUCUGGUCUGACUCGAUCAACACCUUGGGCAAUCGACCUCUCGGAACUCCCGCUUUCCCCUCGCUACAAGCCUUCAUUGCUAGUCAAUCCGUGACUCCGCCUCUACCGGACGUCCAAACCCUCUCAACCUUUCACAACUGUGACCAGAUCUCCUGGCGCUGGAAUGCCACCGGCAUCCAGAACCCGCAAGUGAAGGUCAACAACCCAAUGCCGGUGCUCGGACUCAUCACCUUCAGCGUCGACGUUGAGCAGAAGAAGAUUGACACAGUCUACUCCGAGUUUAACACUGCAGCCUUUGAACACGACCUUGGCAACCCAGAGUGCCAGCAGCACUGA